UAACCUAAUUGAUAGGGAAAAGAAAAGAGAAUACAAGCAGGAUUUCAGUAUCUGACUCCACUGGUUAACAGCACACGCUAAGCCGGCAGAAAAAACACAAAACAAACAAACAAAAAAACACUUGAGCCUGACUAUGACUGCAGAAAUUUGGGAUGUUAUUAUUGUUGGUGCUGGACUAUCUGGACUGAGUGCAGCUCAUUUGCUCAGAAAAAGGAAUGCCGACUUGAAAAUACUGAUAGUGGAAGGAAAAGAUCGGGUGGGAGGUCGCACAUUGUCCACUGAAGUACCGGCAGCCAAAGGUUUUGAUCACUGGGACUUUGGAGGGCAGUGGGUUGGAAGCACCCAGACACACAUCUUGGAGCUCAUAAAAGAGCUGGGCUUAGAGACCUAUCCUCAGUUCAGUUUUGGCAAGAAGGUGCACCACAUGGGUGGGCCAAGUGCCAAAAUUCGCACCUACAGAACCAGUAUUCCUGCUCUAUCCCCAGUGGUGCUAAUGGACCUUACCCAGCUCCUGUGGAGGAUUGACAGAUUGUGUGCCACAGUAUGUGUCCAGGAUCCUUCAAAGACUCCCAAUGCUGUUCAACUGGACAGUAUGACCCUGCACUCGUACAUUGAGCAGCAUGCAUGGACUGCAGAGCUAAAAGAGGAGAUGGGGCUGUGUAGCAGGUCUGUCUUUGGCAUAGAGCCAUCCCAGAUGUCCUUCCUAUUCUUCCUCAUGUAUGCCACAGCAGCUGGGGGGCUGCUGCCGCUGCUGGAAAGCUCUUCAGGUUCCGCUCAAGAGCUCAAGAUAAAGGGAGGCACCCAGCAGCUUUCAGAGUGUCUGGCAGAACGUAUUGGGUGGAAGAAUGUCCGACUGGGUUCUGCUGUGACGACCAUAUGGCAGGAUGCUGAGUGGGCCAGGGUGACGACCGCCACCAACACCUUCUUGUGCAGAGCUGUAAUUGUCACUUGCCCCCCUCAUUUGGCAGCAAAGAUCCACUACCAGCCAGCCCUGCCCAGCCAGAGAGAAUUCCUUACCCAGAACAUGCCUGUGGGCCACAUGAUAAAAUUCAUUAUUACCUACCAGACGGCUUUCUGGAAGGACAAGGGCUUCUCUGGAGAAAUAGUGACAGGAUCUUCCACUGACUGUCCAUUCUGUGUUACCUUUGAUGCCACUAGUCCCAGUGGUAAUGCUGCUUUGGUCGGGUUCAUUGCUGGCCAGCAGGCUUCUGUGUGGAGCUCCAAGGAGGACGGAGAGAGAAGAAAAGCUGUGGUUUCCAGUCUGGUCAGAUACCUAGGUCCUGAGGCAGCAUCUUUCAUCCACUAUGAAGAGAAAGACUGGGCUAAGGAGUGCUACAGUGGGGGCUGCCCUGUUAAUGUCAUGGCACCAGGUCUGCUGACAUAUUACCACCCUAGCCUAAGGAAGCCUUGUGGCAGGAUCCAUUGGGCCGGCACAGAAACAGCCACUCAGUGGUGUGGGUACAUGAGUGGUGCAGUACAGGCUGGUAGGAGAGCAGCUCUGGAAGUACUGGCUGAGCUUUGUCCAAUGAGCCUGACCCAGGAGGAGCAGGAAGCAGUGCAGUACAGUGAAACUGACAAGGUUCCUCUCGCACAAUCAUUCAGUCUCACAUACCUGUCUACAGGAAAGGUUAUGCUCAUAGCAACACUGACAGUCAGUACAGUUCUCUUGCUGAUGCAGCAUCAAAAUGCAUUGUUAAAGGUCAAAACUUACUUGACAAAUGUGUUUUCAGGGAUCAGGCAUAAUAUAUUCCUAUUGUAACAGAAGCAUGUAAAACAUUUCACCUGUUUGGUUUUUGCUGGGGCUUCAGAGGAGUGUUGCCUACUGAUAUCUGAUGUUUUCGUAUUCCUUUCUUUUACUGCACAUACUGCAAAUUUCAUAACAAACAAAGAGAGAAAGUUGAACUCAGAUUAAUUUUAAUUAUAGUGUGUUGUAUCAAAUUAUAAUAUAGAUUGGCUAAAUUGUGGCAUUACUUAAUAUGCUAUAUAAAAAGGAUAUAUUCUCUUGAAA